AUGGGCAAUGUCAUAGGCAAUAUCAUGGAUAUGAUCAUGGACAAGAUCAUGGGCAAUAUAGACAGCGAACAAAAGUCGGAUAAUAAAAUGCUAAAGAGACCAGUAUCGGUUUAUACCAGCGAUUUUUAUAUGGCAUGUAGAAAUGGAGAUGCUGAGCUGUUGAGACAAAUGCUGUCACUGCGAACAUUUCGAGAGCUGAAUCAGCUCGAGCCGAAUGGGAACACUUCGUUACAUGCAGCUGCAUUCUACGGUCACUGUGACAUCGUCAAAAUGUUGUUGGAAGGUGGCUGUAUGAGAUCGAAAGUGAACUUACAUGGUCUGACUGCAUGGGAAGAGGCAGCCACGGAUGAAAUUCGACAACUGUUUGAGAGACCACAAGAAGGACGAAAUCGAUUUUGUGGGGAUGCCAGCAGCCAGAGUUUCGAAAUCACUGCACCGCCUGCCGCUUCAGAGAUAGGUACCGAUGAAAAAGAAGAGUUUGACAGGGAUAAAUGGCUGGAAGGAUACAAAAGUCUUGAUGAGACUGUUGGAGAUCAAUGUGCUAUGAGGUUAUGCAAAAACAGAGUUAUCAGGUUUGGUUUAUCUAAAUCAGGCGAUGACUUAAAAUUUCUUGACAUCGACUGGUGCUACAAGGAUCUUAGAAGAAAGGUUAAUGAGAAUGUCCCAGAAUCCCAUCCAGAAAGAGCAAAAGCUGAUCAUCUGUUAGAUAAACUGCAGAAAACUAGACGUGUAAUACAUUUGAUUCAUCUCUUUACGCUAGAAACACCGUUCUAUCGAGCAUUACAUCAUGACAAUGAUGCCUUUAGUGCCACCGUUCUAGUUAGUCUUUCCCAGCUGCGCAACCGAGUAUUUCAAGGUCGUUCUUAUCGAGGAAUGUCAGCGACCGUAGACAAUCUACGCGCAUAUCGUUGGGCACAUGAAAACAAAGGAAGUCUCCUGAGAACACAAACAAUUAUGUCCACAUCACUGGAGCGAUCUAAGGCUGAGCAGUUUGCCGAGACAAAUGAUCCGAGUAACAUUAGUGUUUUAUUUAUCCUUGAUUUUCCCGAGCCAUGCCCUUUUGCCAUUAAUCUGUGUAAAAUAUCGAAUGAAUUCCCUUGCAUAUCAGAGUUUCAAGACGAACAAGAAAUACUCCUAUUAGUGAACUGUCUUUUUGAGGUUACAGACUCGGAAGGAUCGAUGAGGAAGUGUCAGAGGAAAUUUUUAUUAAGAGUUGACGGUGGACGAGGCGGCGACGAAGCAGAAAGCUUACGGGGCGAUCCUCGCGAAGUACAUUUAUCGAAACUUGGCGAGGUACGGGGUGAUGAGGAGGCAGAAAGUUUGUGA